UUUGUGCAAUAAUAAUUGUACAUAAUAUAAAUUAACUCUAAAUAGAAGCUAGACUUUGUAAAAUGGAUUUACAUAAUCGUUAUUUUCAUUUCCCAACGCUAGACAUUUCAGUUUUACGAGCUGUGAGUGAUAAACUGGAAGAUAAUAUAUCUCAUCAUUUAAUACAGUUUUAUAAUUACGAGUUGAUUAAAGAAAAAUUGAAUAUAAAUAAACUGGAGGUUUAUCGAAUGCUGUUAUGUUACGAAUAUCAACAAGCAUUCAGUGAAAUCGAGAGACGCAACGAUAAGAAGUACAUAAUAUCAGAUGUGGAAAAGAUAUGUUUUUCUAAUAUGAAAGCUGUUUUUCCAGCGCAACAUCCUCGAAGUGUCGCAGAAAUGACAAUUUUACAUGACAUAAUUAUUUUGCAGACGGUACUUUACUGUAACACUGCGUCGAUUAAGCAACAUUUGCAAAAUUUUCUUAGCUCUUACAAUGCUUACACCACAAAUAGUGAUACUAGAACUAUGUAUAUGAAGGUAUUGGAAUACUUCUUAGAAUCCAUUUGCUUAUACCGAUUUUUUCAUAAUGAUGGAAGCAACAGUGAAAUGGAAUUAAAAGAAAUCGGUUCUAUGUAUCUAGAGAUCAUCAAGUCAUGGAUGAAAAUAAAAGAGGAUUCUGAAUGGGGAUUAUUUGCUUCGAUAUUUCCCAUGCUAUUGAAAACUUUUGCUUCUGAACAUAUAAUAUUUCCACUAUGGGACUACAUUCUAAACAAAAUGAGUGAUCUGAAAGAAUUUCUUACUGUCCUAAGCAUCAUAGUGGAUACAUGUCAUUUCACAUCAUCAUAUUCUACAAAAUUAACUUAUAUACAUCAUGAUAUCUACUGUAAGAAUACAUUCUGGUUAUUGUUAUUAGAAGGAUUACGAUCACCCUUACAACAAUAUCGUAAACAAGCUUUAUAUAUUAUGAAAAGAGUAACUGAUUUUAUGAGUAAAACUGAUACCUUGCAUUUAGGAUUGACAAAAGCUGAAGUUACUCCAUUUAUUUGCAGCAAAUCUGAUGAUUCAGCUUUGCCAAUUGACAGCAUUAAUCAGAAGUUUUUCUUGGUGUAUGAAGCAUCAGAGGAGAAACAGUAUCACUUAGUAACACCAGCUUUAACUCAUAUAACUAGUUUAGUAAAGGCAAACAAGGAGCACAAAUCUUGCCAAUGCUUUAACAUUGAGUGGCUGCGAUGCAUCCUCGAGAAGAUCUUACACCAUGAAAAUAAUAAUAUUGUCAAAUGGAGUGUAUUGUAUGUUUGUAAAUUAGAUAGCAUCAUACAUAUAUUUGAUAGUCAGUUUCUCAAGAUGUUUGUGAGUAUCCUGAAUAACUCUUUCCUUUAUGAGUGUCAGUCUAAUGAAGAUUGUCCAGAAAUUGUGAGAGAACUUUCAACAUUCUUCAGAUGUAUGGGAGAAACAAGUUUGCUCAAUAUAUUCCUCAAGAAAGUCAGUGAGAUAACAUGGGGUCCUAUAGCAAUAUUUUAUAUAAUACACACACUUCGAGUAACUUCGCAGGAGACAGUACAACGCAAUAAUUGGCGAGUCGCUGAAUUGAAUGCCGUUAAAUCUUUAGUGGAGACGAAUCUGAGCAUGCAUUCUCACAUCUUACGUAUCGCGUCGCAAAUUGAACUUCUGCGAACGAUACCCAACUUCGUACGAGAAAUCGACAAUCUGACAUUGCUCGCUAACGUUUUAGCUACGUUUCCCUCGGAAGAGGGUCUUACUAGAGGAAGAUUUCCUUGGGACAUUAUCACGGCAUGGUUGCGGAAAGUACUGACAAAGGAAGACGCAGUAACUUUUGUGGAGCAGACUUGCACGAGGUAUUCGUGUGAAAAUCUUGUCUGCGAAGUUAGCCCAAGAACAUUCGCAUUAAUGAUAUUCCUGCUACACGACGCGGGUCUUAUAUUUUCUUGCAAAAUGUGCCCUACUGAGAAGGCAUUGAACAAGUGGUUGUCCUCCUUAAAUGAUAUUGAGAUGAGACCUUACGCCAAUAUUCGCUCGAGUAUCGAUAUAGCGGAAUUUAUGUCGCAUUCGUUGAACUUCUUCACUCAAGGAGAAACCUAUUGCGUCAUGACGCAUUUAAUAUCGUUAUACAUACACGCUACUUUCAAGUUGCUAAUUAAAAACAUGAAGAAGAUGGCCACGGGACUAACUUACGAAGAUUACACGAGAUACACUGCUAUCCUGUCAUCGCAUAUUGCCCAUGCAGAUUUAGUCAUGCCGAAGAGAGACGUGAACAGUUACACGAUAAAACUACGAGACGAGAGUAUACGUUUACUGAAGAAUACACAGCAUCGUCAAAAUAUGCAAUACCUGUACGGGUUGUGCAUAUUGCACCUCUGCCAGGACAUAUUGACUUCAUCGACUCAUGAGGGAACAUUUUACACCGUACAUUUGCUAAAUACGCAAGCGAUUCCGAUACAAACCGAUAACGAUGCCAAAACGAUGAAUUUAAAGGGAAAAAUUGCAUCAGAAUAUUAUUUGCUUCUUUCACGACUGACGUAUCGCUAUCUUUUGAAUUCUCCCAUGCAUACGUGGAUUCCUACCAGCACGUUGCUGACUAAUUUGUUGAAGUUUCUCGAACUAGGAAAAACAGAAAUUAUUUCCGAGGUAGCAACGAUAUUAAUUCUAAUGAUCGAUAAUGGAGCUAUAAGAGAUACAAAUGACAGGGAAACUUUGGAGUAUAUUUUUCAGUCAUGCUGGAGAAGCACCUUCGUCAGUAAGAAGAACAAUAUAUUCUGGACGGCGAUACAGAAUCUUACAGGAGUUAUCGUAAAUGAUAACUUUUUGCUCUUGCCCGGUGCCACAGAAUUCAUAACAGAAUUUGUCGAUCAGCUAGUAAAAGAAGGCAACGGUAUGACAAGAUUUAAAAGGAUAUUAUUAUCUAAGAUGGAAAGAUUGAAUGUGAGCAACUUGAUGAGAUUAGGAAAGCCGUUAUUGAAUUGUCUUCUUCACGGUUCUGUACAUCGGCGUGACGAAAGAGUCGAAAGUCAUGUUUAUUUAUUCAUCAUCAAGCAUCUGGGACAAUAUUUUCCGAAGCAUAUUUUAGUAUUAGAUCAUAACAACGAUGCCGCAGUUAGAGCAUCGGCGAUGAUAAUACUGCAUAGAAUAGUUAGUAUUCCUGAGUUAAAUUAUGUGAUGACUAUUGUGCCGCUUAUAUUCGAAACAUUAGAAGAGUACAAAAACAAGAGAUACUUCAACGAUUCCUACAUACAUAAAUUAAAACACAGACUAAUGCAGAUUCUAUUGAUAUUAGAACCGGUCAUGAGUAAGGAGCUCGUGGCUGUACUACAGAAAAAUUUGCGAGACUCGAUCUUUUCGGAAAGCAAUCAGCACAGUGUGAGAUUAAUGCAGGAAUGGCUGAUGAUACGAAUUUUCGCGAGAAAUAGCGAUCUGCACGAUGAACUAUGGAAAUUUUUUGCAGAAAGUAUAGAAAAACGACCGGGACGUACGAUCUCUGUGGCGAGUAUUGUGUAUCAUGUUACGCAACUACUUUCGGGCGCCAGCCAGAAAAUUUUUAUUAGAACAGCUCUGCCAUAUGUAGCGCAAUGUUGUUUAGGCCAACAAUUCAAUGUGCGUCUCUAUAAUCAGUUUAUUCUGAUCCGAUUAUGUAAAUUAAUGAAACAAGCAAAUGAUGACGACAGUAUAUGUGACUACAAUGGCAUAUAUCAGGCGGCUAGCUUGCAACAAGCAAAAUCGACGAAGAAUUUCAUGGAGAUUCAAGAUAAUUUCUACUUUUCUAGUUUUCAUCCGAUCGAUGAUUACAGCUUGCAGACGAUUUACUUUGAAUUACCACGACUGACUAAUAUAAGUCGUGACGAGUGGAUCAGUCCGGAUGUAUUUAAAGCUUUUAUGUUUGAGCAAAAUGAUAAUCAUCCUUUGCAGCUGUAUAACGUCAAUUCGUUUCUGUCCGACACUACCGCUUCUAUAUAUCUUACAAAACCUCUCGCAGGUGACAUGGAGUCCUUAACAAACAACGUUGAGACUUAUUUGGAAGGUUUACACGAUAUCCAAAGGAAGAUUGAUCCGUCAAAGCUUACAAUUCAAUUAUAUAAUGAUAAUUUUGGAAUAAUAGAAUCCGCGCAUCGGGAAGUAUCACAAUUACAUGAAGGUUUAAUAGUUGUAGCGUCUCUCGUUAGUCGACCACCAAAUUUAGGCGGAAUUGCAAGGACGUGUGAAAUAUUUGGAGUUAAAUCGUUGGUCAUUGCAAAUUUAGAUUGCGUAAAGGAUAAGGACUUUCAAUGUCUCAGCGUGUCUGCUGAAAAAUGGAUAAAUAUGAUACAGGUAACAUUGCACGAAUUACAACAAUACUUGUUGGAAAAGAAAAGCGCAGGAUGGUCUAUAGUUGGUGCUGAACAAACAGCCAAUAGCAUAAACUUAUUGGAGGCUAAAUUCGAGAAAAAGACAAUUCUCGUGCUAGGGAACGAAAAGGAUGGUAUACCUGCCAACUUUAUACCUCUCUUUAACACAUGUGUGGAAAUACCUCAAGUAGGUGUGAUACGUUCAUUGAAUGUUCACGUUGCUGCUGCAAUCUGCAUAUGGCAGUAUGCGAGCCAAUGUACAUUAAAAUAAUUAUCUUUUGACAUUUGUGUAUGAAGUAUAGGAUAUGAUACUUGAAAAAUUUAAAUAAAUUCUUAAUAAAACA